AGGGAAAAUUGUGGGAAAUGCUAGGAUGCUGAUGUGGUGAUGGUAAAGAAAGUCUGAAGUGCCAUUAAUAGUAAUUUGGAUAUUGGAGAGAAGAAUUACAGGGACCAGACCAGAGGCAGAGAAAAUGACCAGAGAGUAGAAAGAGAAAGCAUAGAGCGGAGGAAACUUAAAGAGUGACUGGAAAGAAGAGAGAGAGAGACACCACCCUGCAAUAUUAUGAGUCUGAGAAAGCUGUUUUAGGGAUUCGGAAAAUUUCUGGGCAAGUCUAAGAGAUAGAAAUCACAGCACCAACAGCAACAACAACAAAAAAGACGCUGCUCUCUGAAAAGUGUUGCCAAGAAAAACAGCGGUUUUUCUGUGACUCUUUCAGGGCAAAAGCACAAGCGGUUUUGUAACUGAAACAGACCCAAACAAGAUGAUAAAAACUCACCCACUCUACUCCUAAUUAUCAAUUCAAUGCUCUCAUAACCGUCGCCUCUGUCUUACCUCUUUCUCGUUCUCUCUGUCUCCCUCUCUCUUUUUCUUUCUCCAUUAAUGGGGUAGCCUUUACUGCUUCGAGACCUUUCCUUGUUCUUCUUCUUGUUAUUGCUUUUAUUCACACUCUUCUAGUAUUCUAUUCUUUUCUCUCUUAUGGCUCAUGUUGAGAGUAAUCUCAGGGGUGCUUCGAUUUCUCAUGGUGAUAGAGUACCUGCCUUCAGUUGCUUGUGUAUGGUCUUGUGGAGAGGAGGUUUCUGCUUUCCCAGGGGCUAAUAGUUUACCAACUCUAUUGCUUACAAGUUGCAGCGUCCCCUAUUUUCUCCCGGGUUUUCUCGGCAACCAAACAGAGUUUAAAAGCAUUUUAUUUCCUUCUUUCACCCUCUAUAUUAGUCUUCUUUCUUGUGUUUUGAUUUUGUUUGAGCUUGGUGAGUGUAGGAGGAGAUGAUCUAUAUACGGAGCUAUGGAAGGCAUGUGCAGGUCCAUUGGUGGAGGUCCCGCGGCCUGGAGAGAGAGUUUUCUAUUUCCCUCAGGGUCACAUGGAACAAUUGGAAGCAUCAACAAAUCAGGAACUGACUCAACAAAUCCCGCGGUUUAAUCUUCCUUCUAAGAUCCUUUGCCGAGUGGUUAACAUUCAACUACUGGCAGAACAAGAGACAGAUGAUGUUUAUGCUCAGAUCACCUUGCACCCAGAACCAGAUCAAGCAGAGCCUUCAAGUCCCGAUUCAUGCCCCCCUGAACCCCAAAAGCCAACGGUUCAUUCAUUUUGCAAAAUUCUAACAGCUUCUGAUACUAGCACCCAUGGAGGGUUUUCUGUUCUCAGAAAGCACGCCACUGAAUGCUUACCUCGUUUGGACAUGAACCAAGUAACCCCAACUCAGGAAUUGGUUGCCAAAGAUCUUCAUGGGUAUGAGUGGCGAUUUAAACACAUUUUUAGAGGUCAACCAAGAAGACAUUUGCUUACAACUGGGUGGAGUACAUUCGUCACUUCCAAGAGACUGGUUGCAGGAGAUGCUUUCGUUUUUCUGAGGGGUGAUAAUGGGGAAUUGCGAGUUGGAGUUCGGCGUCUUGCUCGUCAGCAAACUCCCAUGCCUUCAUCUGUGAUAUCCAGCCAGAGCAUGCAUUUAGGAGUGCUCGCUACUGCUUCUCAUGCUGUUACAACACAGACCCUCUUUGUCGUGUACUACAAGCCUAGGACAAGCCAAUUUAUUAUUGGCUUGAACAAAUAUUUGGGGGCUGUUAACCAUGGGUUGUCAGUUGGAAUGCGCUUCAAGAUGAGGUUUGAGGGAGAAGACUCUCCUGAGAGGAGGUUCACAGGAACUAUAGUUGGCGUUGGAGAAAUUUCUCCCGACUGGUCAGGCUCUAAAUGGCGGUCAUUGAAGGUACAAUGGGAUGAACCAGCAACAAUUCAAAGGCCAGAGAGAGUUUCUCCAUGGGAUAUUGAGCCUUUUGCAGCUUUUGCUUCUGUAAAUCUUCCCCCAACAGUGGUAAAGAGUAAAAGGCCUAGACCAGUAGAUACACCAGUGUCAGAAAUUACCACCAAUUCAACUACUUCGCCUUUCUGGUACCAUGGAUCAGCCCAGUCCCACGAGUUAAGCCAACUAGGUAGUGCUGCUGAAGCUCAAAGUGGUGAAAGCCAAGUAGUUUGGCCUAUGAGGCAGAAGGAAAUUGACAGCAGUAUUCUCAAUGGUAGCAGCUGUAACUCAAGGGUCCGACCAGAGGGCAUAUGGCCUUCUUCUUCUUCUCACAUGAAUGUCUCUCUAAGUCUUUUCCCUGAUUCAGCUGAUGACAACAGAACUAUAACAACACAGACUGUCAUCUCUGGUUAUGCGUCGCCUGUUCCAUCGAGGCAAAGCAAUGGCCUGGUGCAUAACCUGGUGGAGAAAGGGAAAAAAUAUGAAAAUUCUGUAGGCUGCCGUUUGUUUGGAAUUGAUUUAACAAGAAAUUCUAAUGCUGCUGCUCCCCCAGAGAAGGACUCUUUAUGUUCCACUGUUGAUCCCAAUGGCACCAGAGGACCUGUUUCAGCUGCAGAUGAUUCUGAUAAGGCACAAAAUAUGGAUGUUUUUAAGUCCUCAAAAGAACUGAAGCAAAUUGCAUCAGAUACAUUUCCAAGGGAGACGCAUAACAAGCUGGGCUCCUCUUCCACAAGAACUCGUACCAAGGUGCAAAUGCAAGGAGUUGCUGUUGGUCGUGCUGUUGAUCUAACAGUGCUGAAAGGGUAUGGAGAUCUUAUAAAAGAGCUGGAGGAAAUGUUUGAAAUCAAAGGAGAACUUUCCACCCGUGACAAAUGGGCUGUUGUAUUUACUGAUGAUGAGGGUGAUAUGAUGCUUCUGGGUGACGAUCCAUGGCUGGAGUUCUGUAAGAUGGUCAAGAAGAUACUAAUAUAUUCGAGUGAGGAAGUGAAGAAGAUGAGCACAAGAUACAAGUUUCUUGCAUCAUCUUUAGAGGAUGAAGGGACGAUUGCAAGCUUCAACUCUGAGCAUAAGUCUGACACAUGAAAAAGUUUGGAUCGACCCUUUUUGAUUGAUAUGGUUAUAUUUUUAGUUUUCUUUCGUUUGGAAGGGUGGAAGGUCGGUCGUGUUGGUGGGGUUCAGUUUGCUCCUUUUUUUUUUUUUUAAUUUUUUGAGCCUUGCACUAGGAAUUAGGAUGGUAGUUGAGUGAAGAAAAAGCAUGUUGCGUCUGAUAAGGGUGUAGUAAAGACUGUCAAAACACUGGACUGGAGUAACUUAAAGUCAGGUUAGAAAUGGAAUUUGUGUAUAAUUUGUUUG